AUGCCUACCACCUAUACCGUCGUUUUUGCCAAUGAGCAUGGUUCGGGUGGCGAGUACGUGUUCUGCAAUGAGGAGCCCAUUAUCAACAAUGAUGCGACAGCCGGGAAUGUCAUCACCAACGCUUGGAUUGGACAGCACGUCGCAAACGGCAGUUGCAUGGGGGCCGUUCUGACCAUGUGUACCUAUCUAGGGUGCGGUAAAUCUCCCAGCCAGCCAGCCGAGGGCACCAUAUCCCCACAGCUCCAUAGUGAGGCUAUUGAGCUCAGCACAAACAAGAAUGACGGCGCCCACUGGCUUCAAUGCGAAAACAAUAUGCUGAUAGUGAGGGUACGGAUCCCGGCCGAUCAGAACAUGACCACCAACGUCCAGCCCAUCGUCAAAUUCUUUGUGUUGAAGGUUAAGCAGGGAACAAGCGACGGUGUCAAUUAUCAGUCCUUUUCCACAAAGCCCGGCGUGGCUGACUUUACAACUGGUGACGGCAAGGGCCUCUACACGGCACGUGUCGUUCAUGAAAAGAAUGGUGACUUCACUGUCACCUACAAGUGA